ACAAUUGUUGGUAAAAUCAGUAAAAAGCUUAAGACCAAAGUGUUAAUCGAUCAUUGGGUUGGUCAGGACAGAUCAGAAAAUGUUCUAACCUUAGUCGAAUGUAGAAGUUGUAAACUGAAUGGUCAAGUAAGCAACCACACUGGGAUUAAACCUCUGGUAUUAGAAGAAGUGGUGGGAUACAGAGCAAGCUCAGGGGUGACAGCAGUGAAUAGCACAGAAGAGGAAGUUGCGAGCAUAGUAAUACUGAAAACGCAUGAGGAGAGUCUAAUUAGACAACAAGAGUUUGAUAUAGCACUAGAGAACAAGUUAGUCGAACAACUAAAAACAAACCUUAAAGCGGAAUCUGGAGAAUACCUUUUCUACACAGAUGGUUCA